UAAAAAUUGUUUAAAUUUAAAAGUUGGAACGUGAACUUGUAAACUUGUGAUCUUUUCAUUAGUAUUGUAAGUUAAUUUAAAACUUAAGAAAAUGAGUUCAAUAACUUCUGCUUUACAUGACGCUGAUAAAGCGAUAAAGGAAAAUGUAAAGAAACAGCGCGAAGAAAUAUUGCUAAUAUUGAAAGAGUUAAUAGAAAGAGUACAAUUAUUUUCAUGGGCGCUACAGCAAAACUUCAUCGAUACAUUUUAUAAUUUUACCCCUACAAAAAGCUUAGAAGAACUGAACUAUAAAAAUCGCAAAUUCAACAUAUUAGCCGACUACAACAAACUAUCUGAAGACAUAAAGAUAGUGAACGAAAAGUCGGAAACUAUAAACGAAGAAUUUUGUAGUUGUUGUAAGAAAUUAGAAAAUGCUAUGAAAGUUUUUAACAACUUAUGUAUCGUUGUAGAAGUUAAACAAAUUCUGGAUACGGCAAGUCAUGAAUUCGGUAGAUAUAAUUACGUAGAAGCGAUGGUAAGUAUUAAAAACUUGCGUAAACAACUUACAUCGCUUAAAUUCGAAGGUAACGCAAGUAAAGCGCUAUCGAAACUCAACGACCAGGCAGAAAACCAAUUAGCUAUGUAUGCUGCACAACUUAGCAUAGAAUGGGAGGAUAUAUUCAGCUGGGAAGAAAAAAAAAGUGUUUAUCAUCUAACAUACUCUUUAUCAAUACAACAAAGUGAUCCAAUCCUAAUAAAAAAUGUCUUAAAAUCUCUCUAUGCAACAGAAAGAUUAAAUGCAGAACUUGGUUUAUUUUCACAUUUCUUUAUUGAUAAAUUACUUCACAAUGUGAUAAGACAUAAUUGCAAUAUUUACACUGAAGAUUAUUUAGGAGCUUUGGUAUUUAAUAUCAAGAUAGAUUUGAAUGAUCCCAACAAACCAAACUUUCAAACUAUUUUCAAUAACUUAACAGCUGUGUUUGAAUUUCUGCAAUCAACUUUGGGACAGUUUGAAGAUGGUAAAAACUUUAUACAAGUUUUUGCCGAGUCGAUUAGACAAAAUUUUUUCAAUAAUAUAAUAAAAGACUGUAUUAGAAAUAAUUUACCUUCAUGUGACAGUAGUUAUGAAAAUUAUAAAAAUAUUGCCUUAGAGUUGGAUUCAUUUAAUAAAUUUUUGGUAGAUUUAAAAUUUGUUGAAGCGAAUCAAUCACCACUUAACAAGUAUAUAGAAAACACAGAAUGUGUCUUGUAUCGUAAAAAGUGUGAUAAAUUGUUAUCUGACGUAAGAAAUAUGCUCGGUGAAAGCUUGUCAUUUGGAACAAUCACUGCCGGGAACAUAGCUGAUAUUCCAAAUGAUUCAGUACUAGAUUCAAGUAACUGUCCUAAUAGUAAGGAAACCUUAUGGGAAAUAAAUAAUCCAGUUUUCUUAUCAAAAUGUAAAAUUUCUAGAAAUGUAGAGAAAAUUAUGUCAAUGAUAAUUGAACAUUUGGAAGAGAGUACAAAGCUUCCAGAAGAGUACAGCAGGCAGCUAGUUAUGUAUAUAAGAGAUAUAGCUAUUAUGUACCAAUGUUUGAUACCUAAGAAGUUUAAAGUUAACUUAGAAUGUUGUCCAUUGGAUAUUGCAUUAUUCUUCAACAAUUGCUUCUAUCUGGCACAUAGUCUGAUUGGACCACCGUGGAAAAAUAUCCUGCCCGCAUUUCUAGCAGAUCUGCUGACAACAGUUCUGCUGGAAUGUAUACAAGACCUCAGAGUUGUUGGUUUAGAAAAAAUCUCAAUAUACCUUCAGGCUCAAAGAAAUACUAUUGUUAGGACAAUCGAAGAAACUGAACUGCCCUGGACACAUGAUUCAUACCAAACAUUUGAUGCUGCAAUAAAAAGUUCUUUAAGUCUUAUGAAAGAUUUAAACAGCAGCUGGUUUAAUGUUCUUCCUAUUAAAAUGUAUGAGCUAUCUAUGUGUACUUUAUCCCAAGCACUUUGCCAAGCAAUGUUGGACCGAAUAUUUGCCGAUAGUAAGCCAAUUUCUGAAGAAUUGGUCUACAUGUUGGCCGUUAGAUUUGAAGAUACGAUGGCUGAAGUUACAUCAUUAUUUGAUGAGGAUGUUGAAUUGGAUAAUAAAAUAAAUAUAUGGGUGAAGUUCAGUAAAAUGCCACAACUUUUAAAAGCUCAAUUACUCGAAAUAAUAGAUUUGUGGCGUAAUGACAAACUUUUACUACAGUGUUACGCGUGUGAAGAGAUCCGGCAAAUUACGGCAUUCCUGAUCAUUGCGUUAGCGAUCGUCGUCAAUGAUGGUGGCGCGACGGUACAGAACAAAAACGGAACCGACCAGCUAGCCGAGGAGGCGAAGACUAAACUUGUUACUAUCAUAAACGGCCCAAAGUACGUAAACCUAACCUCGACACCUAAGCCCCAGCCGUCGCAUCCCUCAAUAACUAACUACACUUAUAAACCAGAACUGAGACCACCCAGCAAACCGCCAAUCAAAACCUCGCAUGACGCAAAGAAAAAACUACUAGAAAUACCACAACAGUACUACGGCCAAAUACAAAGAUUGCCUACACAAAACUCAUACCCCAUAUCACCACAUAAAUUACGCAAAUACCAAAAAUCAAUCUACCGAUUUCCACGAGUUAUACCACUACCCGGACAUCAUUAUUACAAGACUCAAACUCCAAGAACUCAGACUCAGACUCCAAAAACCCCACUCGUCUUUGCCGCAUCGACCGUCAAGUCAUUCGUAGUAAAAAGUCCAAAAUUCAGUUUACCAGUACAGACUAUUAACGGCAUAAGAUCAGAUUGGGUCAGACCACCGCCAAUAUUUAAUUACACCACAACAACGACCACGACAACCCCGACGACUACGACUCGAGUGUUGAGGACAAAGAGGAUAUGGCCAAAGAGAAUUCUUGAGAAGAUGAACGCGACCGCUAGCAACACGACGGAGACAUCAAACACGACUGAAGCGAAAACAAUUAACUCAACAGACCACGCACUAUCAGAUAGCACACAUAUACGAUUUAAUUUUCUUAAAACAAUAAAUAAUGAAGCUCAAUCCACAACAACAGCUCAACCCACCACCCGAGGCUAUCGACGAUUUACAAGGGGUCCUAAGAAAAAAGUUACAACACCGAGCUUCGACGAACUUGAAACUAAUGACUGGAUACCAAUAAUACCGACGCACUAUCCCAUUUUUAAACAAAAGGCUCAAACGCCCAUAAGCAGACGAUCAGACGUUUUUUAUCCACAACCAAAAUUAACGCACACACCGAGAAAACAGACGCUAUUUCUUAACUCGUACGGAUUUGUCCCGGCCACUAAUACCGCUAAAACAUUAACACCGGUGAUUGAAAGGAAAAAGAUGGUUUACUUCAAGAGGAAACAACUGAAUCCCUAUCUAUAUUCUGCUUACAGUUCGCGGGGGUUGCACUCACCGACGCCGUUUAUAGUCGCCGGCCUGCACACGCAGCACGCCCCCUCCCCGCCCAAAGUUUUCACCAAAAUUAAGCACCAUCACCAUCAUCACCACCACAGAUACGUCAAAACGGUGGAAAAACCCAUCAAAGUUCCGUACAAGGUGGAAGUGCCUAGACCUUAUCCGGUCGAAAAGAAAGUACCAGUUCCGGUGCCAUUUGAAAAAGUUAAAAUAGUGGACAGACCCUAUCCGGUGACUGUCGAAAAGAAGGUUCCAUAUCCAGUAGAGAUUAAAGUUCCACAUCCUGUACCGGUCAAAGUUGUAGAGAAGGAAUAUGUUCCAAAACCAUACCCGAUCAUUCAUCACGUGCCGGUAGUUAAGGAAGUCAAAGUCCCUCACCCGGUUCCGUACCCGGUAGAGAAAAAAGUGCCUUAUCCGGUUCACGUUCGAGUGCCCGUGGAUAGACCUGUUCCAUAUCCGGUCGAAAAGAAGGUACCUUACCCCGUCCCAGUAAAAGUUUUCGUGCCUAAACCUUAUCCGGUUGAAAAGAAAGUGCCGUACCCAGUUGAAGUAAGGGUGAAAGAACCGGUUGAAGUUAUAAAACAUGUAGCUGUAAAAGUGCCAGUGCCACAACCGUAUCCAGUAGAAGUACCACGUCCGGUACAUGUGACAGUCGAGAAAAGAGUACCUUAUCCAGUGGAGGUUGAGAAAAGGGUUCCAGUAGAGGUAUACAUACCACAAAGGGUAGAAGUUGAGAAACGUGUACCGGUGUACGUGCCGAAACCUUAUCCGGUUGAAAAGAAGGUUCCGUAUCCGGUCAAAGUUCCUUAUCCGGUGAAAGUGCCGGUUAAAGUUCCGGUUAAGGUGCCAGUUGAGGUUCCGGUUUUUAUUCAUCAUCCAUAUAUUUACAGCAAUGACCGUUCUUUCGUUAGUAAGGGAGGGGAUAACUUUAUUCGAGAAGCAACCAAUUCUGAGGAGACUCCGACUAAUGCUCCCGAGCAUACAGUAACAGUUCACGGGAAUACUGGUUUCACAGGGUUCAAAACAGUAACCGAAGAUGGCGUAAGCUCAACCUCAACUUCGACGGAAACUCCAUGACGUUAGAUAAUUUAUUUAUAUUGAAUAUAAGACUCGUUAGUUUACAAUCUAGUUUUUUAGUAUCUAAUAGGAACAAAAAUGUGGUGCACAUGUUUUUUGUUGGGACGCUGUGUGUAUGAGUAAAUGAGUGAUGCUGUGAUACUAUUCUUUUGUUAUUUUUUUGACUCUUCAUAUUUAACACAUUAG